GAAAGAGUUGAAUCAGUCAGCAGUGAACAAGAGAAGAAAAGACGAAGUUUAAACAUGGUGACAAAAUCGUCGGAAAAAACUUGAUUUUUUGUGUAAACCUAGCGAUUUUAGGCAAGAUUUGUUUUUAUUUUUCGUUCAAACCAGCACUACAGCUUCCAUUCACGAGUUUAGUUUUCGAUAAAUAGUAUUUUGUUGGCGGAAAAACCUGCUAGAAGUCACGAAGGUUCACACAAAAGUAGCAGACUUGACGAUUCAUGGUAUACCCAGUCGGCCACAGCAAACAAUGCUCCGCUUGGAAGACGACUGAAGACACCCCACAGCCAAAUUCUCGUCAAACAGUAGUGUAAGAUGUCCGAUAUCAGUUCCGAGACGCAGCAGCAUUCAAGCUCAAAAACAGAGUCUUCAGCACAGUCACCAGUAGAUCCCGCAGCGCAGCCAGAAGCACCAUCACCUACUACCGCGAAUUCGCCAGCUAUCAUCGAAACGACCAGCACCACAUUAAGCAUUGACGAGGGUGGCAAACCGCCAUUAGCUUCGGAGGAAGACACCAGUAGCACAAUCAGUAUCAUUCCAGCGGUGACGGUGACUACAGUUGAAAGUCAAGUUCCAACAGGUAGUAGUUCGUGUCUUGGUAGUCUAGGCUCAUCAGAAGCCACAGUACUAGCUACGGUUCAUCCACCGUCAGUUCCGAUUUUAGCCGAGAGGCAAAUCUCAGUAACUUCUAACGACGGGAGCAUGCAAAAUAACAACAUCAACAGUGGCUUUCGGAGCACUUUUAAUGGGAGAGUUCCGUUUGCUAGGAUUUUGUCGACGGGCAGCAGCACGGACAGACGGGUAGGAGGUAACGAAACUGGACGGGUCGCAGGAAACCUAAGCAAUAACUUGUUGAAUGACAUAUUUGCCUUCGUGCAGCAAGCACGCAAUCCAAACAGUCUGUUCUCGUCUGAAAGACGAAGUUUAUUUCUGCAAUCGGGUCGCUCGGUUUCUCACAUGCCGGGUAGCAGCACUCCACCGAUCGGCCAUGCCAUCGGAAAUCCAAGUGACGUAGUUAUUGAUGUGGACAAUGCGACUGGUCCGUCCCUUCGCUCGUCGAACAAUGAAAUUUUUCCGAUUUCGGCAUCGUCAUCGAUUGCCAGUAACAUUCGACCGAACUCCUGGACCCAACCCAACUCAGGAGACGAAGAUGGACGAUCAUCAAUUAUGCCGAACUUCAAUUAUCACCAUCAUCAUCAUCACUUCCAUAAUCACCAACCACUUUCGACUAUUCAUCAUCAUCAUCAGCAUCUUGCACAGCAGCAACAAGCGCAAACCGGUCAACAAAGCCAACCAGCUUCCCUUGGAACAUCUGGCAGCGGAAAUGGCAUUCCAGUGGAACCUCUCCAGCAACAGCAGCCAACUACCCCCACCAAUCCGAACCCAAACAAUGGAACCCGAAGCAACAGUGUCAGCUCCAAUAAUCAACCAACAGACGAAGCUACUGUCCAUGAAGCCCUGAAUCAAAUUCCGGAAGCACGUGCAAUGAUAGAUACAUUCGCCCGCUACAUCCCGCUUCUAUUCAUACUGAUCACAAAAUUAUGCUACGAUCACUUGGACGGAAUCAUUCACUUCCUUGCCCUACUGAUGACCUUCUCACACGCCAAUUGGGUCGUCCGGCAGGAAAUCUCCAAGCAAAAACAGAAACGGAUAAUGGUUCUACUACGUGAGCUAAUCUUUAUUGUCGUUGCCUUGGCCGUCGUCGGUUUCCUGCUCGAACGAAAAAACAUUUUCCUCAGCAUCAUGUUCAUGCCCGAUCUGUCGGAGCCGCAGACCCUGAAAUCGCUGCUCUUCUCCGUGUGCAUGUCCGAUCUGGUGCUGAAGCUGCUGACUAUCAUUGUUAAGAUUGUGAUCACCCUUAUGCCGCCCAGUGUGAUCGAGUACAAGAGUCGGGGCAAAAUCUAUUUGAUGACCGAAUCACUCUCGCAGCUGUACCGUGCGGCAGCACCGAUCCAACCUUGGUUGAUUUUCCUUUUUGAAUCCUACUCCGGAUCGGAGAAAAUUGUUGGAGUCAUUCUAUCGGCGGUCUACAUGGUGGCCAAAUCGUCUGAUCUACUCGAUCGGAUCAAGUUCUGCAAGCGGUCCGUCAUCAAGUUACUCCAGAAAACGAGUUACGGAACGAUUCCCUCGAAGGAGCAAUUGCAGGCCUGCGGUGGCCAGUGUCCGAUCUGUCACGAUAACUUCAACUCGCCCGUACUUCUCGAAUGUAAUCACAUCUUUUGCGAGCUGUGCGUCGGGACGUGGUUCGACCGGGAGCAGACGUGCCCGCUGUGUCGGGCCAAGAUCGUUGAUGAUCCCUCCUAUCGAGAUGGGGCUACCACAUUUUUCCUGCAGUUGUACUAAAUCGAUUUUUUUGUGUCGAAGGCGAGGGAGCCAAAAAGUGCGCGAAUGUAACCCGUUAGUUUAGCGCACAUGCGAUUUGGCUUGUUGUGAAGGCCAAACGCUUUGACGCUUUCUAUCUGGUGAAUGGUUUUUGCGAAUCCGUUUCUACGAUUGUAAAUUUAUGACCCAUUGUUUUGAAAAACGUGAUAAAAAUUCAAGCGAUUCAAUUUGAAGGCAUUGAUCGCUACUGCUGCGUUAUAGAGAUGAUUUAUUUGUUUUGAACUUUAUAUUAUUACAAAGCUGAAUAGAAAUUAGUUGGCUUAACAAUAAGUUUUAUUUAGUUUAUCUGCAUUCUAUUCCACACAACUAUAUAGUAACUAACAACUAUUGUGUCUAGUGUUAAUAAUAAUGAUAAACAGUAACAAUAUUCAAGUGAGUAUGAGCAAAUUUCGGGAGUGUGUUUGCGGUUGUGUAACGAGAGAGUAUUUGGCACAUUUAAGAAAAGAAAAGUAACUUUUAAAUGCAUGUCGAAAGUUUGAAUUGGUAAGAAAUGGCUUCAAUUGUGGGCAGUUGGUGUAUGCAACUGCUGACUGGUAGGCCACAAGCGGCACACUAAUGGAUAACAGUAACAUGAAUAUUAUUUUCCAAAUAAAGAGAAAUGUUAAUAGUUUCAA